GCUCCUGCGAGAGCAGCGGGGGCCGCGGAGCUGGAGCCGGAGCCGGAGCUGGAUCCCGAGCCGGGGCCGGGGCGGGAGCCGGGGCCGGGGCCGGGCCGGAGCGGGCUCCAGCGAUAUGGGGUCGGCCGACUCCAAGCUGAAUUUCCGAAAGGCGGUGAUCCAGCUCACCACCAAGACGCAGCCCGUGGAAGCCACCGAUGACGCCUUCUGGGACCAGUUCUGGGCGGACACGGCCACCUCGGUGCAGGACGUCUUCGCGCUGGUGCCGGCGGCGGAGAUCCGGGCCGUGCGGGAGGAGUCGCCCUCCAACCUGGCCACUCUGUGCUACAAGGCCGUGGAGAAGCUGGUGCAGGGCGCGGAGAGCGGCUGCCACUCGGAGAAGGAGAAGCAGAUCGUCCUGAACUGCAGCCGCCUGCUCACCCGCGUGCUGCCCUACAUCUUCGAGGACCCGGACUGGAGGGGCUUCUUCUGGUCCACGGUGCCCGGCGCCGGGCGAGGCGAGGGGGAAGACGAUGACGAGAAUGCCCGGCCCCUGGCCGAGUCCCUGCUCCUGGCCAUCGCCGACCUGCUCUUCUGCCCGGAGUUCACCGUGCAGAGCCACCGCAGGAGCACGGUGGACCUGGCGGAGGACAUGCACUCCCUGGACAGCUGUGAAUACAUCUGGGAGGCGGGCGUGGGCUUUGCGCACUCGCCCCAGCCCAACUACAUCCACGACACCAACCGGACGGAGCUGCUGAAGCUGCUGCUGACCUGCUUCUCUGAGGCCAUGUACCUGCCUCCGGCUCCGGACAGCGACGGCAGCAACCCGUGGGUGCAGUUCUUCUGUUCCACAGAGAACAGACACGCCCUGCCCCUCUUCACCUCCCUGCUCAACACCGUGUGUGCCUAUGACCCCGUGGGCUACGGCAUCCCCUACAACCACCUGCUCUUCUCCGACUCCCGGGAGCCGCUGGUGGAGGAGGCCGCCCAGGUGCUCAUCGUCACCUUGGACCACGACAGCGCCGCCAGCGCCGGCCCCACCGUGGACGGCACCACCACGGGCACCGCCAUGGACGACGUGGAUCAGCCUCCAGGGCCCGAGAACCUGUUUGUGAACUACCUGUCCCGGAUCCAUCGAGAGGAGGACUUCCAGUUCAUCCUCAAGGGCAUAGCGCGGCUGCUGUCCAACCCCCUGCUGCAGACCUACCUGCCCAACUCCACCAAGAAGAUCCAGUUCCACCAGGAGCUGCUGGUCCUCUUCUGGAAGCUCUGCGACUUCAACAAGAAAUUCCUCUUCUUUGUGCUGAAGAGCAGCGACGUGCUGGACAUCCUGGUCCCCAUCCUCUACUUCCUCAACGACGCCCGAGCGGACCAGUCUCGGGUGGGCCUGAUGCACAUCGGGGUCUUCAUCCUGCUGCUUCUGAGCGGGGAGCGCAACUUCGGGGUGCGGCUCAACAAGCCCUACUCGGUGCGCGUGCCCAUGGACAUCCCGGUCUUCACGGGCACCCAUGCGGACCUGCUCAUUGUGGUGUUCCACAAGAUCAUCACCAGCGGGCACCAGCGGCUGCAGCCGCUCUUCGACUGCCUGCUCACCAUCGUGGUCAACGUGUCCCCCUACCUCAAGAGCCUGUCCAUGGUGGCGGCCAACAAGCUGCUGCACCUGCUGGAGGCCUUCUCCACCACCUGGUUCCUCUUCUCGGCCGCCCAGAACCACCACCUGGUCUUCUUCCUGCUGGAGGUCUUCAACAACAUCAUCCAGUACCAGUUUGACGGCAACUCCAACCUGGUGUACGCCAUCAUCCGGAAGCGCAGCGUCUUCCACCAGCUGGCCAACCUGCCCUCCGACCCGCCCGCCAUCCACAAGGCCCUGCAGCGGCGCCGCAAGGCGCCCGAGCCCCUGUCCCGCUCCGGCUCCCAGGAGGGCGCCUCCAUGGAGGGCUCUCGGCCCGCCGCCCCCGCCGAGCCUGGCACCCUCAAGACCAGCCUGGUGGCCACCCCAGGGAUUGAUAAGCUGACGGAGAAGUCCCAGGUGUCCGAGGAUGGCACCCUGCGGUCCCUGGAGCCUGCGCCCCCCCAGAGCCCCGAGGACGGCAGCCCGGCUGACGAGGAGCCCAGCCCGACGUGGCGGGAGCAGCGGCGACCGUCCAGCGCGUCAGCCAGUGGCCAAUGGAGCCCCACGCCGGAGUGGGUCCUCUCCUGGAAGGCCAAGCUGCCGCUGCAGACCAUCAUGCGGCUGCUCCAGGUGCUGGUGCCCCAGGUGGAGAAGAUCUGCAUCGACAAGGGCCUGACGGACGAGUCGGAGAUCCUGCGCUUCCUGCAGCAUGGCACCCUGGUGGGGCUGCUGCCCGUGCCCCACCCCAUCCUCAUCCGGAAGUACCAGGCCAACUCGGGCACAGCCAUGUGGUUCCGCACCUACAUGUGGGGCGUCAUCUACCUGAGGAAUGUGGACCCGCCCGUCUGGUAUGACACGGACGUGAAGCUGUUUGAGAUCCAGCGGGUGUGAAGAUGGAAACCUGCAGGGCCAGGGGCCAGGAGAGGGUGGGGGGCCCUGGACCCCCCAUCCUUCCCCCCACACCCCGACCCACCGACCGUUCGGAGCUUUAACGUGCUAUGACCAGGCUGGGGCUGGCAGAGACGGAGCCCGGUGGCAGCUCCCAGAGGCCGGGGAUCGGCUCCGACCUUCCCGAACUCCCC